CAUUUUAUUUAAAAUAAAAUAAUAAAAUCUUAUAUGACAUUCCUAUGUCUUAUCCUACUCAGCUCUAACCACUCUCCUCCACUCAAUGGCGCUAACCGUAACCCUUAGCCAUGGUAGUAGUAGCAGUGGUGGUAAUGGAGUCCGAAGCCUCUACAACAAACCCUCCAAACAUUUCUACCCCCGUUUCCCUCCUCGCCACCACAUCCUCUUCCCCGUCUCCCCCGCUCCACUUAACUUCAGUAGCCAAAAAGUUCUCAUCCCGAACUGGACACUUCGACAACAAGAACCGGAGGGGCAGUCUCACAACAAAAGAACAAGAUGAGGAAAAACGGACGCCGGAGAUUGAAGACGAAAAUGUUGUUGUUGGGAUUAGUUUAGAUAACGUUGGUGUGAGUUCCUCUAAGGUUUCUGUUGACAGGAAACCAUUUCCGGAACUUCCAGGUCUUCAACUGGAUUUAUAGGAAGGUACCCGGUGGGAUGUUCUUAGUUUUCUUAUUCAAUAUUUGUGGGCUUUUGGCAUCGUUUUUGCGUUAAUUGCAUGUGGGAUUUCUGUGGCUACUUACAACGAAGGGGCCACAGAUUUUAAAGAGACUCCAGCAUACAAAGAGUCUAUACAGUCUCGAGAGCUUUUAGAAGAACCCGAUGUCUCAAAUUCAGAUGUAUUUGAUUCAAACCCUACUGAAGUUGCACCCAGUUUGGAAUAGUUGCUGUAAUAUUAACAUAAAAUGUCUUUAUACUUGGGAUCACUUGAAUUUAUUACGGGCUUUGCCUGGAUUUGUAAUCUACUGCAUGUAAUGUAUAACUUUAUAAUUUUGAGAUAAUAUCAUACGUUAAAGUUGACGGUUGCUUCCA